AUCGCUCCAAACGUUAACGAUGAGUUCCAAAGAGUUAUCUGUGUGUUCCAGUACUACUAAUAUCAUCUCAUUACCCGAAUUGACGCUCCUCGCCGAUGAAGCGUCCAUCGGCGACGUGAUCCAAGAUGUGGUGCGCAUGGGCCCGCAAGAGGAGCCGCUCCACGUGCUCGAUCUGGACGAUGUGGUGCGCAAGCACUACGGCUGGUGCGCCCAGAUGCCGCGCGUGAAGCCGUACUACGCGGUGAAGUGCAACGACGAUCCGCGCAUCCUGCAGACGCUGAUGACGCUCGGGACGGGCUUUGACUGUGCGUCGAAGGGCGAGAUGGAGCGCAUGCUCGGGUACGGGGUGAAGCCGGAGAGCAUCAUCUUUGCGCAGCCGGCCAAAUCGAUCCCGUCGCUGCUGUACGCCCGCUCGAAGCAGGUGUCGGUGAUGACGUUCGACGGUGCGGUGGAGCUGGAGAAGAUUCAUCAGUACUAUCCGGAGGCGCGGCUGGUGCUGCGCAUGCGCCACGACUCGCUGAAGGUACGGUGCUCGCUGGGCAAGAAGUUCGGGUGUGAUCCGAUCGCGGAAGCGCCCGAGCUGCUGCGCUAUGCCGCCACCCUGCGGAUGAACGUGAUCGGAAUAAGCUUCCACGUCGGGUCGGACUGUAACGAGCACGAGGUGUACUAUGAGGCGGUGAAGAUAGCGAAGGGUUUGUUCGAGUACGCCAAGACGAUUGGGUACGAGUUUAGUCUGCUGGACAUUGGGGGCGGCUUUCCGGGCGAUAAUGAUAAGCCGAUCGAUCGGUACGCGCAAGCCGUGAACGUGGCAAUCGAUCAAUUCUUCCCCGCGGAGUCGGACAUUCGCAUCAUUGCCGAGCCGGGCCGGUACUAUGUGUCGUCGGCGGUGACGCUGGUUUCGUUCGUGGACUCGAAGCGCGUGAUGAAGGAGAAGCAGCCGGAUGGUACGGAGAAAACGCGCAUGUAUUACUAUCUGAACGAUGGCAUCUUCGGGACGUUCUACUGUACGGCUUUGGAAGGUCAGCAAGUUGUUCCGAUCGUAAGGAGCAAGCUCACCAAACAGUAUGACACAACGCUGUGGGGCCCAACGUGUCAUGUGGUGGAUAAAAUUGCUGCAGCUAGGCUGCCCGAGCUGGACGUGGGCGAUAGUGUGGUGUUUGAAAAUGUGGGAGCAUACGGGAUAGUUCUAGCGAAUCAAUUCAACGGGUUCCCAUUGCCUAAAGUUAGGGCGUAUCUUCGCGAAGGAACGUGGAGAGUACUACAAGAUCUUGGAAUGAGCUCCAGCAAGAUCAUGCCAAUCACUGAAUUUUGCAAAAAUGAUCAACGAUCUACAAUGUAA